CUGGGAGCAUGAUGAAAAAUGUCUUCAGAAAAAUAGCUUUAUGAAGGCCAGAGGGACUUUAUGUACCGGCAAGACAUGUCCGAGAGCUCCUCAGAUCUAAACACAAACAGCCAGAAGAUUUAUCCAUCUAACUCAUCGUUCGGCUCAGAUCUGAGUGAGACACACACAUGGUCGGCUCUGUCGAGAGCAUUUCAUCCACGGUCAGAUUCUGGAAUAUCAUCCCAGCUUCCAUCAGAUCGUUUUAAGUACCUCACUUGGCAAACGGUAGAACAACAUGACAUUCAAGGAAGUCAACUGCAUUGUCCAAGAGUAAGAGAAGGACCCUCUGCAGAAGAGUUGCUCUUCAGACAGGAGGAAGGUGCUCUGCCUCCACAGAAAAAAGUCCUUGAAAAAAACAAAUGGGAAACAUGGCUACAAGAAAACUGGGAAGACUGCAAGAAUCUGAACCUUUCCUUUCAGGAUCUGGGGGACCCUUAUCAAGUUGCAAAUUUUAACAGGAUUCUUAGAAGACUAAUUCGAGUUGAAACCCUCUGGUUAGUGGAUAAUUCACUGGUGGAUUUAAGUGCCAUAAGAUUGCCAAGCUGCAGAGUUUUAAAUAUGAACAAAAACCAUCUUACAUCUUUCAAACAAUUGCCAAAGAUACCUCAGAUACAGCAUUUAUCCUUGGCUGAAAACCACAUUGAGACUCUGACUGGGCUCUCCAGUUUACGGUGCACUCCACUAGAAUCCCUUAUGCUCAAGAGGAACCCUUGUGAAUUUCACCAAAGUUACCGGAAACGAGUGUUCUCCUGUUUGCCAAACUUAAAAAUGCUGGAUGGGAUCCUGAAGCUACCAGAAGAUUCUUCACCACCAGAAACCAAUAUUUUUUCAAAAAUAUGUAUUGUAUCCUAAUGCAAUUUGAAUAGAAAGAAAGCAAUCACCAUUGUCUCUUCAAAGCUAAUAAGUAUAGGAAAUGCAUGACUAAAUAUUGCUGUUUAUUGUAUGU